GCACAACAAAAUGUGCAUGCAGCAGACGCUUGAAGUCAAUAAUUUUUGCUCACUGACUGAUACCCGUCAAUUUCGUUGAAAGCUGGAUAAUAAUUUUGCAUCAAACAAAUGGGGUCAUGCAAACGUCUGGAGAAUAUGAACAUGACAUUUGGGAAGUGAUUUGCAGACAUAAUAUCAAGUUUGUACGGAAUGGGUUCCUUUGCAUAACCUCAUUUCAGUUUAUGCAUCAGACAAAAUAACAUAGAAAAGCUCAAAUGGAGACAUUUACAUUGCAUGAUAUGCUCAAAAACUCCACUAAUCUUUAUAAGAUAUUAUGUGACUUUGGAAUCAAGAAUGUGUCGGAGUGCGACGAUGAAAGCCAGACGCGGCCGGAACCGAAAGAUUUGAACCAGACGGUGCGCAUCUUCCUCUACUGCCUCAUCUUCCUGGUCAGCGUGCUGGGUAACAGUCUGAUCAUCGCUGUGCUGGUGAGGAACCGCCACAUGCGCACAGUCACCAACCUGUUCCUGCUCUCCCUGGCCGCCAGCGACCUGAUGCUCUGCCUCUUCUGCAUGCCCUUCACCCUCAUCCCCAACCUCAUGAGGGACUUUGUGUUCGGCUCGGGCAUCUGCAAGGUGGCCAUGUACUUCAUGGGUAUCUCGGUGAGUGUCUCUACCUUCAACCUGGUGGCCAUUUCUCUGGAGCGCUACAGUGCAAUCUGCAACCCCUUGACCUCCCGUACCUGGCAAACCAAGUCCCACGCUGCCAAGGUCAUCUCUGCCACCUGGGUGGUGAGCUUCCUGCUCAUGCUUCCCUACCCCAUCUCCAGCACCCUGGUGCCCUUCACCCGGGUUAACAACAGCACAGGCAACAUGUGCCGCCUGGUCUGGCCCAGUGAUGUCAUCCAGCAAUCCUGGUACGUGUCCCUGCUGCUGCUCCUCUUCCUGGUCCCUGGGGUCGUGAUGAUGACAGCCUACGGGCUCAUCUCCCUUGAGCUCUACAGGGGCAUUAAGUUUGAGAUGACCAACAGGAAGUCCAGCAGAGACAGACAGUGCAGCACGGGCAGCAUCAAACCCGGCGACAACGACGGCUGCUACCUCCAGCCUGCUAAGAAGGGCGAGCUUGCCCACCUCCAGAGCCCUCUGUCGACCCACAGCCCUAACGUGACCAUCAAAAUCAGAGACAGCACGGGCAGCGCUAAGUCCACGCUGAGCCGUGUGUGCAGCAACAGCUCCAGCUCUAACCUGAUGGCUAAGAAGCGCGUGAUCCGCAUGCUCCUGGUCAUCGUCUGUCUCUUCUUGCUCUGCUGGACACCCGUGUUUGCCGCUAAUGCCUGGAGGGCCUUCGACCGCCGCUCUGCCGACAAGCUCCUCUCGGGGGCGCCGAUAUCCUUCAUCCACCUGUUGUCGUACACCUCGGCUUGUGUCAACCCCAUUAUAUACUGCUUCAUGAAUAACCGUUUCCGCCAAGGGAUUCUGUCCACCUUCACCUGCUGUAGCUGCCCCAAGGGCGGUGGGGUCAGGAGGGGGGCUGGGAGUAGGAUCGGGACGGGGACGGGGAGAGGGGGAGGAAGAGGAGGGAUGAGGAGCGGAGAGAACGGGCACACGCCAUCCAAUGGUAAUAGCACGCGCUUCACAUACAGUAGUAUCCGUGGCUCCACUCAGGCUUAGCUUCCUUUGCCAUCAUCGACCAUUCAGAAGUACCCACUGUACCCACACCCACUGUACCAUGAGAUGUUGGUCUCUGUUAAGGUCAUGCCUUCUUUCCACUUCAAAGUCCCCGUGCCUGUGAGAGUGGACAUGUACACUGAGUAUACAAACCAUUAGGAACAACUGCCUUUUCCAUGACCCAGGUGAAAGCUAUGAUCCCUUAUUCAAUGUCACCUGUUAAAUCUACUCCAAUCAGUGUAGAUGAAGUGGACAAGGCAGGUUAAAGAAUCAUUUUUAAGCCUUGAGACAUGGAUUGUGGCUGUAUCACAUCUGGCUGUGAUUCGGAGUCCAUAGGGCGGCGCAUAAUUGGCCGAGCGUCCUCCGGGUUUGGAAGGGUUAGGCCGUCAUUGUAAAUAAGAAUUUGUUCUUAACUGACUUGCCUAAUUAAAUAAAAGGUUACAGUCCUUUGAACGGGGCAUGGUAGUUUCAUGCUCAACAGUUUCCCUUGUGUAUCAAGACUGGUCCACCACCAAAAGGACAUCCAGCCAACUUCACACAACUGUGGGAAGCAUCCCUUGGGAACGCCCCAACGAAUUGAGGCUGUCCUGAGUGGAGAUGUGGGUGCAACCCAAUAUUAGGAAGGUUAUCCUCAUGUUUUUUUACACCCCGUGUAUGUAUUGAGAGGAUCCCAGUGAAAGAGUCGAUGAUAAUAUUGGCGCCAUUGCGAAGACAGGAUAAUCUAACCAUAAGCAUGUUGACUUCAUGAAACUGAGAAAAUCAGCCAGAGUUUUUAACAAGGAGAUGAUGAUACGACUUUAAAAGAACUAAACGGUAAACAAACUAUAAAAGACUGAGGAACGGUGGCACCUGAUUAAAACUCUGACGUAUACAGUACCACCCUAUAUGCUGCAUUCACAGGGACCGUGAGAGAACAUGGCUAGGUCAUGUCUACGGCAAAGAGGUUUACAUUCAGUACUGCCCCCCCCCCAAUGAGUACAAUCGUCACAGUCCCCCUUUACAGAACCUCUCCAUCUCCCCCAUGUGCAUUCAAAGCAGAAUGCCCUUGGAUGUACUUCAUAACCCCGUGUGUGUGUUCUGCUCCACUCGGCAUAAAAUUGUCUUUGGAUACAUUCUUGUCAAGGACUUGAAAGCUUCAUACCACAGCCCAAUGAUGACACCACGUUCCCCCCAAGACAUUUAAAACUUCCCAUACCUCUGUGACCUCCUUUUACAGGCAGUGCAACAAAUGUGUAAACACUUCCUGACUUAAAUCACUGCCAUACCCGGCAGUUGCGCAUUAUUUUGUGUCCUAGCCUUGUAGCACAGUGCCACGCUCUAAAACAAGUCAUUAGCGUACAAAACAGUCGUGUUUUCUCUUUCUUGACCCAGUCAGCGUGCUUUUUCAUCGUUGUUCCACAUGUAGUACUGUGGGUGACAUGGCUCGUCGCCUUAUCGAGGUGUGGGACUGUGCACCUGUCUGUUCCCUUACUUCAAAGAGAUGUUUCCCGGCACUACCCGUCAAUCACACCCCACCUGGUCUCUGUUGACUUGGGUUGUAAAAUAUACUGCAGCGCAAAUGUAACGUACUGUGUCUGUUUUUUUUUUACCUUGUUUUCUUGCAGCAUUAAGUCCAUUUUAAUGGUAUAGUUUUAGCAUUGCUCUCCAAGGUAAAUUGCUAUCAGACUUGCAUUGGAAUACAUAACCCGAAAAAGGAAAUUGAAUAUUAAAAGUAUAUAGCGUCUGGUGGGGCCCUUUCAAAUCCCUGAGUAAGAAGGUGCCGAUGGAUUGCACUUGCUUACACUGCAAGGGCCAGUGGUUCUUGGAGACGAAGCUCAUGAGAAGCAUAAACAAACACUCACCUCUGAGCUGGUUCAGAGGCACAGGUUGAACAAACAAAUGCAGAGUGGUGUUACUUCACAGACGGACUAUUUGCUGUGCUUAAAAGGGGACAAUCUGCAGUUGCUCCAUCCAGUUUUAGACAUUUAAAUGAAUGAUACACCCAUCGAUUCUUGAAGAAUAUUUCUUGUAGAUGCCUCACGAGCUGAGUUCAACUGUCGUACGCCAUCAGAACCCAAAAUAUAAACUUGUUUUGCUCCUUUGUUUGUAAACAAUGCAACUGUAAAAAAUAUAAUUUAAAAAACACUAUGGCCUCAAAAGCAUGGUUACAUUUCCCCAUCCCUGAGAUGUUUACCAAAUCAGUGGCGGGGUGUCUGCUUUGUAACUGUUCAAACUGCCUGUUUAAGUCAGCCCUUUAUGAGGAUAUUACCAUGUUUUUUUUUUUGCAUACUUGAGGUCCUCGAACAUAAAAAUACAUAUUAACGACACAUUUAAUUUCACACAUAAUUCUGUCACUUUUUAUUUCUUGAUUUUUUUUAUGCCAAUAUUGCAAGUAUUUUUUUUUUUAAUGACAUAUGGAUUUGAGCAUGAACUGGAACUGCAAUAUGUACAAAAAACUGAAACAAACAGUCCCCUUGUUUUCACGUUAUUGCUAAAAUGUUACAAACUGCACAGGUUUCUACCAUCGGCAACCCUUUAAGCACUGAGUAUACUACCACACUGACAGACUGACACUCUGCUUAACAUUACUACAACAUUACACAGAGAGAGAGAGAGAGAGAGAGAGAGAGUGUGAGAAAGGAGAGAGAGACAGUGUGUGUGAGGGGGAAAAAGAAAGGAAAGCAAGGGUAAGAAAACAGACUGCAGCAAAGCCAAGCGUACAGAGCUAAGAGUGUAAAGGGAUGAGGGGGAAAGUCAAAAUGUACGUACACAGACAGAGGAGAGACGGAAAGAAAGAGAGAAGCGUAAAGCACUUCAUAGUGCAGCCAGCCAAUAGUCUUGGGGAGAAUGUCAGGCCGAGUGCAACAGAGGAAAGGCUGCUCCAACACGCCUUUUCAUUUAUUUACAGCUGCCUCUCGCUCUGUCCUGUUUCGUUUAGCAGUGCAUGAGAAAUCUACGUUAUAAAAAGACAUUUGGUAUAUUAGAGGAUACGUACAUACAUACAUUGUUCAGAGCUCGUUACAACAACAAAAAACAACAGCUGCUUUUGGAAGAACAAAACAAACAAUAUGGACUGACUGAAAAAUUAAAACCGGUGUGUAUACAGUAUUUUCAAAAAGCAUCACACAAGUUGGAGAAUAUUUUGUAUUUUGCUGGGUGAGCUUUAGUUACCAUGUUGCUAAAGUUUGCUCAGAUAAUAAAAAGCCACGUAACAACAUUCCACCCCCUGUAGGGGGGGGGAGAGCUGCCUUCCCCUUGUUGAGUGAAACCUGAGGAAGGGGAGCACUGAUGUGCUUCUUGACCAUAAUAGUUGGUUCUCUGGACCCACCCUCUCCUCUUGCUCCAAUCCGCUAUGCCUCCACUGUUCUAUAGAGUACAUAAACCGUUCAACCAGUGUCAUGUUCAUUAGGGCACACCGUUGCAAACGUUUCAUUCCAUUUCCCGUCUACUGAACAUGACCCAGCAAAGAGGAUCAAAGAGUGAUAUGAGAAUACGCAUGACCCUUCCACUGUUUAAGAGAUGCAGCGCAAUGCCACUUCCUUCCAAACUCACUCGGGGAUCAGUGAGAAACGUAAGGAGCAGGCAGGGUGGAGCCCAGAGAGACAACAGAAAGUAUCGAAACAGAAAUAUAAUAACACAAGCAGAAUGACAGGUCGACUGACUGGAGGACGCCUUAGGCAUUAGAGAGGCGUUCCCAAACUCACUUUGAUAUCUAAGAGAUAAGCUCGCCUCUACCAGCUGAAACGGGCACAAUGAAAACACUGCGCAAAACCCAAACAUAUUUGGUGACCACCUUAUUGACAUAUCACAAUAGAGUAAAGGGUUAAGAAAGGCCAGUAGCAUUUCUCUUUGUUGUGUAAAAAAAAAGUCCAUAUUAAGGUGAUUAGUGACAAAGCUCAUGUUGGUUUGAUGCUACAAAAUGUUCAAUUUAGGUUGACACACCCAUGCUUUAAUUCAUUAGAAAAAGUACAACUGUUGCUGGACCGACCUUUUGUAAAUUGACAACCCAGGCCAAACUAGGCAGCAAGGGCAAUAAUGCACUUAUUUCUUUGACAUAAAAUAAGACAAGGGGGGAAACUUUAUACCAAUAAUUUAAAAUAAUAUCAAUAUUAUUACACUGUUUACAUUAACAUCAAUGGCUGGAAAAAUAGAAGGGGCGGGAAGAAUCUAAAUAGGGAGGGGGGAAAAAAGCAUCCCUUAAGUUAGCUUUUUUUUUGGGGGGGGGGGGGGGGUUGUUCCCUAUUAUUAAAGGGAUAUGACUGUUAAAUGGGUACAUGAAUGACAUUGGCCAGAAAUACUUCUUCAUUAAUUAGCAGACAUUCAAGUUAAAGCAUCAUAGUUCUUCCCAGAAGUAUAUACAGUUCCACUGUAAUACUAUGAUCAAAGUAUUGCCUUUUUCAUGUUUUUUAAUUUUGUUGAUCCACAUAUUAUUUCCAACAAUGAGAGAGAAACAAUCACUUGUUUUAUAUUUGGAUCAAGUCGGAAGACGGCGCGGGACCCAAACAAUCUUCAAAGUCCAUCUUUACAAGAGCAUUGAUUGUUUGGAACAUAAAAUGGUGUACGCAUCCACGCACCCACCCACCCAACCACAUUUAGAAAUGGAGCGAGUCUCACUCACUGAUCCAUUGUUAGACUACACAGAAGAGCCAAACACACACUCGCUCUCACACACACUCACUCUCACACACACACACACAACCCCCCCACCACCACACACACACACACACGCACAGGCUGGUGAACUAGUGGUCAGGCAGACAAACCCCAAGAGACACGACGACAUGACCUGUACAAUAUUGCUGUACGUUUUUCCAAAUACACAUAUUCAAUAACACAGACACACAUCUAGAAGGCCUUAUUAACAGGAGACUUGAUCACCAUAAAUACAGCCGGUGAGUGUGGCUACUUUCAGAAAGCGAGUUUUACAAUGUACAUGUAAUUGUUGUGUAAGGUCAUAAACCACAGGACGUUAGUUAAAAGGCUUUUAGGAGGCCAAACAGAGGAGCUCAAAGCCCUCACAAGACAAUGUAUCCAUGCCAAAAUGGAGAAAGCAGGGCACUGUGAUAAUAAAGUACAUCAUCUAUAUAAGUGUUGUACUUGUACACUGAACAGAGUUAAUAUUAUCCUUAAAAAGGCCCACAAAUCUUCCAGAAGGAUGACAAUGUGGUUUUGGAGCAGUGGCAGAUGGAUUGCAUUAUGGGUAAUAUAGUCCAAUGAAACAACUUAACAAGUGGUGAUAAGACAGACUGUUUUUGCAACACACAGGUUCUUGGAAGUUACGUAAAUGGAAAGGGCAGGUCGUUGGAAGGGUAUCGGUUCUCUUUGACAUUUAAGUUAGCGGUAAGGCCACAUUAAAUUGGAAGUGUCUGUCUUUUCUGUUUUCUCAAAACAAUGGAAGUUUUAAAUUCCACGAGAACUAUACACAGGAAGACACCAAGGCCUGGUGAGACAGUAUACGGACUGACCGAUUUCAAGACGUCGUCAUAUAGUUCUGUGGCGACCAAUACAUCGGCAUGAUCUCAACAUGGGAUAUAUGACACGAUUUCUUCUGACUGUGUGCACAGUAAUAAUAUACAGUUCUAAGGCUACCUUUUCAAUUUGAUGACUAGAAUCAUAAAAUGUAUGUGGAAAUGAGAAACUAUUUUGUAACUGGUAGUGGAAGUCGAGUUUUUUAAAGUUUGAAAUACAAUGGAAGAAUUCUGCGGACUUCGCUAUGGCUCCUUGUGUGAUGUACAGACAUGUAAUUUCCGAAGGAAACGUAGCUAGUAGCACACAGAGAGUAUUUCAGACAAGGCAGAGGCAUUGCUUAAAGCUUUUCUUUUUAAAGACUUCAUAAAAACUAAUGAGAAUCCAAAAUUAGGCCUGCUGAGGUCACUUCCUAACGCAAACCGAACCUUCGGUUAGGUAAACAAAACAAAAAGAAAUCCCCAGACUUUAGUCUUUUUUUUUUUAAGAGCAAAGUAUCAAAAAAUUUAACGUUCCGUCCAAAAGACCGGAGGGGGGGGGGAGCAGGCGUUUGACGGAGAUAAGGGUAGCUAUAAUACACAAGCCAGGUCGGGAUUUGCCCCCCCCCCCCC